AUGCGAGUCGGGGUCAAAACUGCCUUUCUUUCUGGACGACUAGACACCCCGAGGCCAAAGUUCACGGGGCGUUUCAAGUUCAGUCUACCUGUCAGGAGUUGUAAACACUUUGACCAUCAACGAGAGACACCACACGACAAAGGCGGUGGUGCUCACUCUGGCGUGAAAUGGAGAAGGAGCCGCGGCAAGAAGUCAUGCGGAAGAGUAUCCCCUUUCUUUUCUGUUGACUUCUACCUUUUGUCGAUGUUUCGCUUGGCGGAGGAGGGCUUGAUAUGCGGUGGUGCUCACUCUGGCGUGAAAUGGAGAAGGAGCCGCGGCAAGAAGUCAUGCGGAAGUGUAUCCCCUUUCUUUUCUGUUGACUUCUACCUUUUGUCGAUGUUUCGCUUGGCGGAGGAGGGCUUGACAUGUGAUGAAAGCUAG